CAACAACAACAAUGAUGCGCAGGAACCAUGCGCCACGUCGGUUGUUGCGCCGGUGGCCGUGGGUCGUGCUCGGAUUUCUCUGCAUGACGGCCCUCUAUGUCUAUCGUGAAUGCUUCCAACACAUCAACGCCGUGGCUGGGUCCAACGUCGGCUCUAUUCGCCACGUUCCUGCAUCGCACAACCAAGGAGACAUGGUCAGUGUCAUGGACACCGCGCGGUGUCGGGCGUUGCUGUCGUCGAACGCGAUCGAAGCCUUUGAAACGAGGAUGGCCAUCCCUACGGACGACAACCCACACCAAGUGUCCUUGUAUUACCGUCUGCGCAAUCUCCGCGUCAUGGAAGGCGACCGAUACAUGGACGACGCCGUGCUCGUCGUUGUCGUGUACAAUAACAAGGAAUCAUGGGGCUCUGGUCGCUCUGUCCAAGACUUCCUCGAGCUCGUGCGAUCCUUCGACUAUCCCAGUGCCAAGCUGUCGUUGGGCAUCCUAACUUCGUCUUUGGACGAGUACGACAACCUCAAGCAAUUGCUUCAUACAGUGUUAACCACACAUCAAUGGGCCCAAGCCACCAUAAUCUACCGGAAUGACUUAUCCUCGAUAUCCCGAGAAGCCCGACAUGGAGCCCACGUUCAAAAGGAACGGCGGCGGAUGUUGGCACGGUAUCGCAACUACGCGCUGUCGCAGAGCUUGGAGCCGUGGCACUCGCAUGUAAUUUGGAUCGAUGCUGAUAUUGCCAUCGUUCCUAGCUAUCUUGUGGCGAAAAUGGUCGCUGCCAAAUUAGAUAUUUUGCAGCCACUGUGUCACUUGACUGGCACUAACUUUGAUUACGACCUGAACGCGUGGCGCGGCCACCGCAAGACGCCGACGCCGUUGGAACUCGAUGGCCUCCGUCGAGGGGACCUCACAUUUGUGCCAGGACCCCUAAAUGACGGAUUUACUCGGCACAUGAACGACAUGCGCUGGCACGAGUAUCACCCGCUCGAUUCCGUGGGAGGCACAAUGUUGUAUGUGAAAGCAGACAUCCACCGCCAAGGGGUGGUGUUCACGACACAUCAUGUGAUCGGCAGCGACUGGACAUUCGAAGGGUACGACGGCAUUGAGACCGAAGGACUGUGCUACGUCGCCGGCCUUCUCGGGUACAAGUGCUAUGCGAUGCCUCAGGACACCAUUUACCACCAUCCGGCCAAGCAGUAAUGAAGAAUGAGACGUGUUAGAUCGGAAUGUCGGGGUAGUCGAGGGGAAGGGCUGAUGGCGUUAGGUGGGGAUACGCUGUGGCGAUGGAGGACUUGAUGAGUUCGUGGAAGAGGAGGUUGCCUUGGGUAUUGGGAUGCACCCCAUCGCGGAACAAGUCCCAUCGGCCUUGGGUGGCUGUCCAUGUGUCGAUGACUGGAAUGUCGAGGGAAGACGCGACCUCCACGCAUGCUUUCGCGUACGUUUCUGUGACUGCGUUGAGUUUGUCAGUGGGGUUCCACUUUGUGUUGUCCACGGCGGGAGGCGUCAGAAACAGAAACUUGCAUUCGCGGAAAGCGGUGCGAAGUUCAUGGACGAUGUCGCGGAGAUUCGAUCGGUAUUCGUCCAAGGGAACAUGCCGAAUGUGCGACUCACCGCUCGCAAGAGACGCAUCGUUCGCACCUAGCGCGAUGAGCACCAACACGGGGGCGUUAUCACCGCAUUCACGGACGAGCUGAGGCAAAUAAUGCCUCCACCACCUUGUCGUCCACCCCGAGAGGCCACGAUUCAAGACGUCCGCCUUCCGCACAUAGUCUUGCGACAGCAGCGCUUGGAACCCUUGGAACGCUGGGUCGGCGCCGAAUUGGGUGAUAGAGUCGCCCAGAGCUACGAUCAGCGGAGGUCGGCAAUACGCCACGAAGCCCAUGAGAAGAUCCGAAGUCGAG